CUGCCCUCGCGCGUGCAUUCGGCCAUUUUCGCGCGCGCGCUCGCUUUCGUGUGCACGCAACUCCUCUACUUUGGCCUCCACGUUCUCGCCUCUGCGCCGGCACCGGACGAGAGAGAAACCGAGACGAGAGCGACGGAAGGGGGGGGGGAAGCCCCCCAAACGUCUCGUAUGGUGGGGGGGCGACAUCAAGCUGCGGACAGAGGAGGGGGGCUACGGGGCCUGACGGCGAGGAGGAAACGAUGUCUUUCAGUGCAACCAUUGUGUUCACUCCGCCCGGUGGAGGUGGCACAUCCAUGUUCAACGCCACGCAGUCCGUGACGCCGUCCUCCUCUGCCGCCGGGGCUCUUGGCGGCGACCGCACGCCGCUGACGGGCCCGUCUGUGGCAGACGUGUCGGCGGGCGCGCAACAGCAGCAGCAGCAACAGCACUCGGCCCCUGUGCCCGUGAGAGGCCAGGGUGUCCUGCCGUCGAACCCCGAGCACCUGCUUCACCUCAUCUACCAGCGAGUGGACCGCGCCGUGUCGCUGGCCGAGGCAGCCGCACUCGCGCAGCGGGCCAAUGCGCGAGCCCUGCAGGCGGUGCAGGCGGAGCUGCGCGCACUCAAGCAGCAGGCGUACGGCGGUGCGGCGACGCACGAUGCGUACUCCAAUGGGGCCGACUACCGGGACGCAAACUCGGGCGGCGUCUACUCGAGCUCGCCGGAGACCUCCACCGCGGCCAAGGAUUCGCACGCGGCCGAUGCCUCUCAGCAGCCCCACCUCAUGAAGGACUUCCACUCGGUGGACUCGAUGGCCGACUUCCACCAGGCGGCGCAGGGCUACGGUGGGCCGGGGGCCGACGCUUCCGCCGCCACCCACUGCUACGCCGACUACGGCGAGAGCUGGGAUGGCGAGGCGGCGGGGCUGGGUGCAUCGCACGCCAUGACGCCGCCGGCGCCGCACGGCCACCAUCACCACCACGGGCACCACCACGGGCACCACCACGGUGCCGCCGCGGCGGCGGUGCCCGGCUCCUCCGUGCCCACGUCUGCACCCACCGCCGCCUCGACUCCGGCGCCGCUGCCGCAGGUGGCGGCGGCGGUGGUGGCGGCGGCGGUGGCGGCGGCGGCGGCGUCUUCGUCGUCGUCGACGUCGCGCCGCGUGCGGGCACGCGGAAACAUGGGCUCGUCAUCGUCCUCGUUCGGAUCGCACAGGCGCAGUGGGGGCGGGGGCAGCGGGGGCAGUGGAGGCAGCGGUAGCAGCUUGCACAGCAACAACACAAGGCGGAGGAAGAGGGACCUCGUCGUGUCGAAACUGGUUCAUCGGAUCCACAACCAGCAAGGCAACGACCGGAGGUUUAACGGGGCCGAAGGACUCAAGUCUGGCUGGAACAUCACUGUGAUGCGGUACUUGCUGGAGAGACUACGGGAAGAGCUGGCAGACCAACACUACACGGAGAAGGAGUUGAAAGGUGCAUGCGUGUCGUACUUCUUGACCAAGAGGCGCGAGUACCGCAACUCCCAAAACCCGGACCGGAGCCUGCGGGAAAGGGAGGAGAAGAAGCUGAGAAGCCGGCGAUAUCGGGUAGGAGGAAACCGCACGUCAACGGUGAAGCUGUUCCCACCGGAGGACCAGCAGCUGUGGGCCGGCGUGACGGAGGAGCUCAUGUCGGACGAGGAGGACAGCGCCGUGGAGCCCGGCGUGUGGGUGGCGCGGCCCCCUCGCUUCCGCACGCCGGCGCUCACCGACCUUUGCCGGCGGCUGGACGCGGCGUCGCGUCACGGCGCCAAGCCCAACCGCGUGCUGGGCCCGCCGUCGGAGCGUGCCGCGUCGCACGAGGCCUACCGCCUGGCGCCGCACCUGGUGUGCCUGGACGACACGCUGCCGCCGGGCCCCGUCAUCGACCAGCACGGCGUCAUCUCGUUCCCUCUCAGCGACGACCCUUCGGAGCUGUGCGACGACGACCCGGACGGCGCCCACGGCUACGGCGACGAGGAGCAGCACGGGGACCCCCAUGACGACGGCAUGGAAGUCAAGGAGGAGAGGGACCUGUCGGAGCAUGCUGACCGACCGUGCGCGCUGUGA